CUUUUAGUUCCUCUUCGUCACUCUUGAUCCCAUCAAACGUCGACGCUUUUCUCAAACAUAUCAGUGAUAAAUCACACAGCUAAAUCACACAUCAGAGACAAAUAUCAGAAUAAUGUCGAAACAAGACUCUUUAGCGCCAAAUAACUUGUCGCACUCCAUGUCAAUGCUAUCCCAGAACAACCAGUACCAGCUAUAUCAGUUACAGAAGCAACAGCAACAGCAGCAGCAGCGCACCAAGUCGAUUCGCUCUACCGCUGAUGUCACGGAAAACACUAGCACCGUCGCCGCCACGGGCUCCAGCAGCGUGAAGGACGUCAGAUCGCCGUUGUACCUCCAGUUGCCGGUGAAUUCUAAUCCCACGGAGAUUCUUGCCGCCAGAUUCAAUAGCUGGCGCUCGAUCAUCAAGGCGUUAGUCAACUACUUGCGCGAGGUGGUGAGCGUGCACGAGGAGAUUGUCAGACAGCAGCUCCGCUUGCAGCACGCGGUCAAUUUUCCGUUUGUGAGCAAUAGCAGGCCAAAACAGAGCUCAGGCCACGGGGCAGCUCAGCAGGAUGUGCAGUACCAGGAGAGCUUGUUGACCACCAAGUUCUUUUUACCGUUUGGCAAUGGCUCCGUUCAGGACCUACCAUCGAUUCUUACCCAAUACCACUCGAAAAACGUGUCGAACGCGUCCAAGACACUCAAGGAGUUAUCGCAGCUGGUGAUCCCCCGGUUGGAGGACUUGAGAAAGGACUUGUUGGUAAAGAUUAAGGAGAUCAAGAAUUUGGCAUCCGACUUUAAAAACGACUUGUCAGUGCAGGUGAACGAGACAAAGAACUUGUUGUCUCAAUACCAAACGGCGAUCGACACCUGCUCGAAGAAUCCAGCAAACCUUCUCCCAACUAUGGAUCCGUUCUUGAUCCACAGCCAGUUGGAGCAGCACCUUGAGGCACAGAUCACGGAGGAGAACUUCUUGCACGAUGCCUAUAUCAACUUGCAGACGUCCGGUAAGGAAUUGGAGAAGAUUGUGGUUAUCGAGAUCCAAAAUGCCCUUACCGCCUACGCCAAGGCCUUGGGCAUGGAAGCCCAGGCCGUAUUCGAUAUUCUCAUCACCAAGCUUGAUUCAGGGUUAUUGACCAAGGAACCACAGUUCGAAUGGGAUGCUUUCGUCGCGAAGGACAGCAACUUCAUUGACCCAAAUUUGCCCUCCAGAGCGUUUGCGCAGAUCGCCUACAACAACAUGCACAACCCGUUGAACCUCGAAGUCAGGUCCUCAUACUUGGAAAGACGCUCUAAGUUCCUCAAGUCGUACUCUCGCGGUUGGUACGUGUUGACGUCGAACUACAUCCACGAAUUCAAGUCGCCAGACCGUAAGAAGAACCCCAUUCCGAUCAUGUCGUUAUCGUUAUACGACUGCAGCGUGGCUGAACACUCCUCUGCUUCCAGUUCUGGUGGCACGUUCAAGUUUGUAUUGCAUGCUAAGCAAAAUGGGAUAAUCCAUAGAGGCCACAACUGGGUCUUCAGAGUCGACUCGUAUGACACCAUGAUCGCAUGGUACAACGAUUUGAAGCAGUUGACCAGCUUGCCCAACCCAGUGGCCCGGUCCCAGUUGAUGAAGGACCGUGGUGCCUCUGAACAGCGUCCUGAUGGCAGCGUCGCCCCCGUCCCCCCUAACACAGUAACUAACAGACUUACCGCUCCUACCAUUAGGGAAGGAACUUCCAGUGCUAGUGGCACCAUUAGAUCGGACUCAAUGAACUCCAAACUUGAGUACAUGAACUUGAGCGACACUCCGUUGCAGUACGUUUCCACUGGGGCUCAGCCACACUUACCCAACCGGAAUUCGUUGCCCCCCAGUGAAUCAUUAAGGGGUGAUUAUCACCGUAAAGAUGAUGGGGUGAUCGCUGUGCCAUUGACAGACUCACAUAACGAUGAGUACCAGCAGUAUUACCAUGCUCAUCACUCCCAGCAAGAGUUAUAUCCAAACCCUGUUAGAGGCAGUCAACAGCCGUAUCCAGAUACGUUGGUCAGCAACGCGCCAAGAGAACCGCACUUUCAGGCAAGGGACUUCUCCCGUGAGGUGAACGAUAGAGACAACUUGCUUUCGACCGAGGUGGAUAAGUCAUUCCAGUCUCAUUCCCAAGUAAGCCAGUUCCAGGAUACGCAGUUCAACAGUGAUCACUCUGAAGCGGACCUUGACCACUCGUACCGCAACACGUUACAGACAGAAUCCAGUUUUCACCGUAGCACUGCUACGGCCGCGACCAUGGCCACCACAGCGGAUCAAUCGUCCCUCGGGUUGACCCCUGUGUCGUCUCCAACCGGUUAUGACAAGAAAGCGUCGACGAAGGUUCCUCGUAUUCUUGACCCACAGGAGCAGUAUCUGUACUGAGGAGUUUUGUGCGCUAUAGCGUUUUUUAUUAUUGUUAUUAUUUAUAGUGGCC